UCUAGGUAAAUCCUUAUUUAAAAGCAACUCUUGAAUGAUUAAGAAUUUGUGCACUUGAGAUCAAACAUAACUUUCUACGUGCAUUUCUUUGUAAUUUUUGGUUCUCACUCUCUUAUUGGUGAGGUUGAAGCUAUGGAAACUCCAUAUCGCAAUCAAGAAUGGACUGAAGAAGAAGAGAAGACGUUUGAAUAUGCUCUUGCUAUAUUUGAUGAAGAUACACCCGACCGUUGGGAGAAUGUGGCAGCCGUACUCCCAAGAAAAACUGCUCUUGAUGUGAUCAUGCACUACAAGAAAUUGGAAGAAGAUACAUGUGGAAUAGAAGCUGGUCCAGUACCACCUUUUCUUGACUCUUCUUUCUCGCCGGAGAUGGCGGUUGGUGACCACAGUGAUGGUGGAAGCAAAAAGAGGUCCGCUACUGAAUCAAGUUCUGAGAAUAAGAGAAAGAAAGUGUUUCACUGGACAGAAGAUGAACACAAGCUCUUUCUUCUCGGACUUCAAGAAUGUGGCAAAGGGGCUUGGAGAAAUAUCGCUCGGAAGUUUGUGGUGACAAAGACUCCUACCCAAGUAGCAAGUCAUGCUCAAAAGUACUACAUCAGGCAAAAGCUUUCUGAAGGAGGGAAAGAUGAUAACAAAAAGAGAUCUAGUAUCCAUGAUAUCACACUUCUUGAUAUUAUGGAAAAUACCACACGAAUUAAUGACAAGUCUCUUCCAUUAAUUCAAGAGUCUCAAAUAAUGUCUUCACCGCCGCAACAGAUGAAGGAGACUAGCAUCCAAAAUGUGCAACUUGACUCGAUUGAUGUUGGUCACAACAAUAAUCCACUCAUGAUUUUCAAUCCAAGCAAUGACUAUGAAGUUGGAGGGGCACAACAGAUCCAAAAUGUGCAACCUGGAUGGAUUAGUUGUGACCACAACAAUGAUCAACUCAUGGGUUUCAAUCCAAACAACGAUGGAAUGUCCAUGUUGUCUUCCCAAGACUAUGCAGUUACAGGCGCAGAAGAUCUAUACGACAUUCUUUCUCAUUUUAUUUGUGCCAAGCGACAAUCUUCGGGUUUCAAGAUGUCUUCUUCCUAG